CCGGAUUGGUGGGGCGACAGACCCAAGGCAGGACCUAAAGGUGGCGGAUGUGAACAGACCAAUGUUUCUGGAGCAACUCAGGCAAAAUCUUCAGCUACAGCACAUGCAACCACUAUGGCAGAAAACUCAAGCAAACUGCCAGGGAAUGAUGGAAGUAGAGAACCAAGUAACGGACAGCCCCUUCCUUUACCAGGUUUUUCGGCAGACCAACGAAAAUCACUUAUUUCAGCCUUCGGUAACUCAACUGAUUCUAAUGAUCGAAUGGCUGGACCGUGUCUCGAAAAAGCUGAUUGGAACGGGUGAGAGGCGAAAUGGACUGUAUUAUCUCAAGA